GCCGCGCCACCGGCCGACGCGCACACGCAGGGAGGGGAGGGUGAUCGAGACCGCCGGCCGGACCGGUCGAGCUACAGUGAGGGUAGACAAGCCUUUGUACGUAGUACCGUCGUAUCAUCACCCCCGGCCUUGUGUUGCUUGCUCUCCUACGCUUCUUCCUCCCAGCUACAUACAAUUAUUCCCUCCGGUCCGGGGGCUCCGGUCCGGCAGCGCCAAGCUAUAUAUAUUUCCUUCCUGCCCACCAAGCUCCCAACCUCAUUCAUACAUACUCUGGCAUCACCACAAGUCUCGAGCUACAGCAACAUAGAUAUAUGCCCUGCCUAAUCCCUGCUACCUACCCAGCUAGCUAUAUACCUAGCUUCUUCUUCUCCCCUCUCCUCUCUCGAGAUCUUGUCAAUCUCUUUCUCCUCCGUCUACCUAGCUAGCUACCUCAAUUGUUGCCUGAUAGGCAACGGCAUCAAUUAAUCGAGAUCUCUCAUCCAUAUAUACAAAUUGUAGAGAGAGUCGAGCUGAGCUAGGAGGAGGUCUCGGAGAGAAGGUAGUGCACAGGUAUAGAGAGAGAAGCAUUUCCGCCAUGGGGCUGAGGGACAUCGAGAUGACGCUGCCGCCGGGGUUCCGCUUCUACCCGAGCGACGAGGAGCUGGUGUGCCACUACCUGCACGGCAAGGUGGCCAACCAGCGCCUCCCUGGAGGAGCCGCCGGGACCAUGGUGGAGGUCGAUCUGCACGUCCACGAGCCAUGGGAGCUGCCAGACGUGGCGAAGCUGAGCACAAACGAGUGGUACUUCUUCAGCUUCCGCGACCGCAAGUACGCGACGGGGCUGCGCACGAACCGCGCCACCAGGUCCGGCUACUGGAAGGCCACCGGCAAGGACCGCGUCAUCCGCAGCCCGAGGUCGUCGUCGUCCCGCCCCGGCCGCGCCGCCAUCGUCGGCAUGCGCAAGACCCUCGUCUUCUACCGCGGCCGCGCCCCCAACGGCAGCAAGACCUGCUGGGUCAUGCACGAGUUCCGCAUCGAGAACCCUCACUCGCCACCCAAGGAGGACUGGGUGUUGUGCAGAGUUUUCCACAAGAAGAAAGCCGACACGGAGUACGCCAUGGACGGCGAGCAGGAGAUCGUCGGCGGCAUGGCUCGCAGCGCCGCUGUCGUUAGCGGAUCCAACUACGUCAGCUCCUCGUCCUGCCACGAUCCGGAUCAGUACCACCACUCGCCUGCGGCGGCCCUGUUCCCGCCCCUCGGCGCCGGCGGGCAUCAUUACCAGCUCACGUCCUGUGAUAAUCACCACCCCCUUGGCACCGCCGGCGUCUCCCUGAGCGACGUUGACGCCUUCGCCGGUAUGCCGCAGCUGCUAAACUACGACAGCAUCGUUGACUUCAGCCAGCAACUCCAGGGCGGUGGCGCAGCGGCGGGUUUGAGAGACGGCGCCGGGGAUCAGUGUGGUGGGCCGCUGAUGGACCUAGGGCUGGAGGUGCAGGAGGAGCACUACAACUACAACAGCUUGAUGUAGAUGUGAAUAUAUGAUGUGGAUCGGUGGGUGCUAGCUGCAUGCUGCUAUUGCUCGGCCAUAGACGCUAGUGUGUAUCUGGCCAUCGUUAUUCGUUUGUGAUCUUGUGCAGAUUUCCUUGUUUAUAUAUGCAUGUAGUGUAGGGUACAAGCAUAUAUAAUACAUACAUAUAUACUAUUGCAUUUGGUUAUAUAAAGUUGAUUAGGAUA